AUGGCGACAAUGUCCUGCUUGCGGGGCUCGCACAUGGCCACGCCGCGCGGCGGGCCGCUGUCGGCGGCGGCCGCAGGGCAGGAGAGCGAAGGAUCCGGCCGCCCUCGCACGCAGCACGGACGGAUGGGGCGGGCGCUGAGCGGGCCGGCCCGCGAGGGGCGGGGCGCUGCGCGGGAAGCCGCCGUCCACGUUCCUCCUCGGCCGGGGGCGGGAGUGGCUCCCGCCAACCGCCACUUUACCCCGGCGGCCGAGCGAAGGCGGAGCCAGGGGACUUCGGGCUGCACCGCGAGACGACGGGGCAAGAGGGAGAUGGAAACCCCCCGAGGAGCUUCCCGCGAGAGGCCUCCGCCGGAGCCUGCCGGAGCCGCCGCGCCACGUCCCGGCUGGCCGUGGUGUGUCCUGAGGGCUUUACCAGCCGCUAAUGUCCGCUGCCCCCCGCGCCCCGCUCGCCUUCGCUUUGUGCUCGUCGUACCCGCCGCCACCCAAACCAGCCAUCGGAGCGGGAGAGGCGAGGCGGCAGGAGCCCGCCCCGCCGCCGCUGACGGGGGGGGGGGGGGCAAGGCACUUCGUCUCAGGCUGCUUCGGUUUCCCCGUCUCCAGCCUCUCUCCCGCCCCGCCUCCGCGUUCCUGGACCCCCGCGAAGCGGCCGUCGCGCUCCGCAAAGCCUUCCCGACUCCCCUGCCGCCCGCUCCCAGCCGCGGCCUUAACAUUGCGCACACGGCCGCGUGGAAGGAAGGACUCGAUCCCUGGCAGCUAACGUCCGUGUCCUCGUACGCACACCGCCCCAGGGGAACGUAGCCUCAGCCCCCGCCCUCAGAACUUACCCACAGGCAAAGAAAAAAUGCGGCUGGAGCCCCUACUAGGAUUUGAUGGGGGGAUAUUUACUUGGUAUAUUUCACAGAAUGGUGAUUUCCCCCCACCCCAUAAUUUCACACCACUAGGAACGUUGAAAUUGAUCAAAGAUUUUAAAAAGGGAAUGCUGCCAAACCUGAUUAUGUAGGGGUGCAGAAGAGCCGCUGUGUUAGUCUACAGCCGCAAACAAAUCAGGCGUGGUUGGGGCACCUUAGAGACUAACAAAUUUAUUAGAGCAUAAACUUUCCUGAGCUCCAGCUCACUUCAUCGGCUGCACUGAAUGGAACAUGCAGUAAGAAGCAAUAUGUACACAUACAGAGAAGGUGGAAUUUGCCAUGCAAACUGGGAGAAGACUGACUUGUCCUUAUUGAUCAGCAGCCCCAAAACUCUGAAGAGGGACUGGAUCUUGGUCACAUUGAAUUCUACCUGGACUGACCCUUCACCAAACAGUCUUCCAGGUUUAUUUGAUGAAUUGCAGCUGAAAAAUCCAACAGUCCACAGCAUUGAGGACUGAAAUUAAUGUGAGUGGUUUUCCAACAUGUUUAUGACCUCACAGGUAAGAAGAGUCACAAAAUAAAGUUUCCCUCUACAUUUGAGAUUAUGUAAAAAUAUACCACAUAUAUAAAUAGUGAGUGAUCGUAACCAAUGGAGGAACUGGACCACCUGAUAUAUCAACAGCACAAGGAGCAGUAAGAUAAGGAAAUCAUAAUUCAUCAGUAGUAUUGUAGAG